CCUGCCCUCCCAUCUCCCACCCACUGCCAGCCCGCCCCCAGCCACUCAUCCUCUGUCCAUUCUCCCCUCCAUGCAGCCACCCACCAGGCUCUCAGAGGACAGAACCUGGAGAGGCUGGUGUCCAGGACGGACACCUGGGGCCCUGGCUGUGAAUUCAGGCCUGAAUGGGGACCAUCCAAAUGCAGCACAGAAGGCCAGGGGCUUGGAAGAGUGUGUGGAGACUGGGCAGGGGCAGAGGCUGAAAGCUGCAGGGACAGUGGGUGGGGGACCAAGCCCUGUGCAUCUCACAUGUGACCUGGCCAUCUCCGCUGGGGUUGGCAGUGAGGACUGUGACUGGAGCACCCUGUCACCUGCUAACCCCGCUGCUGGGCCCUGCUCAAGCUUUAAGGCAGGCUGUCCCUGGCCAGGGAGGGACACUGAUGGCACAGCUGUCCAGACCUGGAUCCUGAGGUCAGCCUGGAGGCCACUGAAGCCUUGAGCCCAAGAGCAGGGCCUGGCCGGGAAGGACUGGCUUCACAGAGGGAGCCAAGGCCCAGCGCGUCCCCAUCCCUGUCCCUCCCCGCCCAGACACUGACUCAGCACCCAGGCACCACCCCUGUGGGCCAGGGCAUAAAUCCUGGUGUCUGCUCCGUCUCUGGCUCCCUCACAGCCGCCCGCAAUGGCUCUUCCCAGGGUGCUGCUGGCUCUGGCACUGGCCAUAGCCUGGACCCCGCAUGGCGGUGAGUGUGGCAGCCAAGUUCUUCCGGGGCCCUUCCUCUGCCUGGUGGGCUCACCCUGCCCCACAUGAGGUCCUGGGGUCUAGGGCCUGGGCCCACCGGGGACAGGUUCUGCCCUGCAGUCGGGAAGAUGGGGCCACAGGCUCAGCCGGACCCCACGGAUGAAGAGGAGAGAUGCACAGGCCCUCCCAGCCCUCCCGUGAACAUGCCCCCACCCCGUCCCCACCCAGGCGAGGCCUUCAGAUGCUUCACCUGCGAGCAGCCUACGGUCAUCGAGGCCUGCAGGAACAUCACCCGGUGUGGCCAGGAGCACACAGCCUGCAGCACCUCGCUGGUCAUGGGCCGCUCAGAGUUCCCCUUCAACCAGAGCCCCCUGGUGAUCCGCUCCUGCUCCAGCUCCUGCAAGGCCACGGACCCCGACAGCAUCGGGGACGCGCACCUCAUCCGCUGCUGCUUCCAGGACCUCUGCAACUCCAUGGGCACUGCCAGCCCUGGCAUCGGGGUGCUGGCCACGCUGGGCACUGCACUGCUGGGCCUCGUGCUCCCCUAGGGCCCGUGCCCCCUAGGCCCACAGCAAAUAAACACCCAACGGCCACCUCUGCCCUCGGGCUGUUUGGGCUGCACCGCUGGGUCUCUCAUGAAUGGAGGUCAUGGGGCAGGGGGGAAUGCAUCACCCUAGGGGCCACCCCCACAUCUCCCUGCUCCCACGGGGGUCCCUCCCAGAGCUUUACCUGUCCUGCUCCCAAGGGGCAGCUGAGGGACCACCUGAGGGACGCUAAAGCCACCAGCCUGACCCGGAGGCCCUUUCCUAGCCAGUGGGUGCCCACUCAGUUGCACAACGAACCCUCAGGUGCAUCUCAGGAUCUGGUGUCCAGUGGCAGGGGAGCAGGCUACCCCCGGGUCCUACCCCAGACCCCAGGGACAGGCACUUUCUGCUUCUGUCCAGCUGUCCUCGGCUCUAAAGCACUAUGGUCACCCCAGCUGGGACUCUGGAUCCUGCUGUCUCUGGCAAAUUCUAGGGUGAGGGACCAGACCCAGAACAGGCAUCUGGUCGGCUGGAUACCCAGGAGGGAGGGACAGGACCAAGGCAGGGGGGCCCAGGAGGUCGGCGCCCAGCUCAGGCCUCUCCCAAACCCCGCGCAGACCCUGCAGGGACAGUGCCGGCCUGAGCCCGGCGCUGUGGCCGCAGCCCCCCCCCACACCCUGCGUCCCCCAGUCGCUCCCUCCGCUGCGGCUUCGAGGACGGCGCAUUGCACCGCCGCAGCCAGCAGAGGGCACCCGACCCCGGUCCGCGCCUGCCCGCCUGGCGGUGGACCCUGGAGGACUUAGGCGGGGCGCCCAGAGACCGAGACCCCGCCUUCAGGGGAGGGAGCCUCAGCCUGUGGUACAACGCGGCGCCCACACCGGCUCUCGCGGACGCCGCUGCCCCGCCCAGGGCAGACUCCAAGUCAGAGUCCGCCUCGCUGGCCCUGUGACCCCACAGCGCCCAGUCUGUGGGUCCGGGAGCAGGACGGAGGUACCUGUAUCCAGCACGGUGGGCAGCGUCCCCAAUACUGCAGGCCAGGGCAAGCCCAGCCUCUCUGCCCAGACCCCCUUGAACACUGUCCAGCGCCUCAACUCAGCUGGAUCUGGGUGUGGGCACUGCGCCCCUCUAGGGUCUGUCCUCAGCAGCCCCGGGCCCACUCUGGGGGGCCUGACCUUCCCCACAUCCUGUCCUUCCUGAGCAGCAGUGAAGAGACAUAAUCUGAGUGGACAGUCACAGGGCCAUGGGGGGAGGGACCCAACUUGGGGUUGGGGUGGGGGUGAAGCUUGACCCGGGCAGGGCUGGGACAGGCCCUCCCAGAGGCUGGUGGAGCCCCCCAGCCCUCAGCCCCUGCCAAGACCCCCAACCCCAGGAGCUGAGGACCCAGGGCCCAGGGCU